AACACAUGUGCACAUGUUUUUGCUCGUACGCAGGCACGCAGCACGACCCAGCCCGCCCCCAAAAAAACGUGAUUCUACGCCAAUUUUCCACCCGCGGCCAGGAUGAAGAAAAAGCCUGCGACCCUUUCGGAUAAGCUGAACAAGCUUUUCGCCCCGGAGGACCAUUCGGACGAGUCGGGCGAUGAGACAGCGCCAAAGUUCAGCGAGUUUGAUGAAACGCCGGAUGAUGCGGGCCGCGAUGCCGCAUUGAGUGAGUUCCGCAAGCGCAACGUUCGAUUCCUGGAAGAGUUUGACCGGAAGUACAAGGGAGCAGUGUCCUCGCGGAGUGAAACCUUCGGUGAGGAUGAAGAAGAAGAGUCUGACGGAGCUGGGGAUGAUUCGGACGAUCUUGGUGGCGAUGAUGAUGAUGAUGAGGAAGAAGAUGAUAGUAGCGUGCGGAAAAGCAAACCUAAAUCACUUGUGCUACUAAAGCCACCCCGAGAGGACGAUGAUAGCGAGGAUGAUGAUGAUGACGAUGCCGGAGACAACUACGAUGACGAUGAAGAUGGUGAGGACGAAUCGGACGGAGAGGAUUACGAAGAGUCCUCGGACGAAGACGGAGAAUCAUCAUCAGCGCGCACGGCAAGAAGCAAGCAGCAAGCAUCCAAGCAACCGGAGCUCACCCUGCUCAAGGAAGAAAACCGCCAGGAAGCAAUAAACAAAGGUUUAGCGGUCCAGAAUCAGCUGAAAAUAUGGGAACGCUUGCUGGAAAUGCGCAUCAAGGUGCAGCCCUGCUUGCUCGCUUCGAACGGUCUGCCACCGCCGGAAGCGUGCGAAAAGCUGCGCUCACAAAAUGAAGAAUUUCGAGACAAGGCACAGCAAGCGGUAGCGACCGUAACGGAAGCAAUGGAUCGAAUGCUCGAGCUGCAGGAACUUCUGAUGGGUCGGUUCGCUGAGACGAAGGAUCUGCUCAAGAGUGGUUCCAAACGGACUGCAUCCAGCUCGAAGUCGUCCAAACCGAAACGGAUCGCACUGGACGGAUACGAAGCGAUGCUUGCUGGCAGGUGCAAGGAUAUGGAGGAGUAUCGGAACAGUGUGCUGAUGAAGUGGCACGAUCGGACAACGAUCGCAUCCAAGAUGCGAAGCAACCCAAUGCAGUCGCAGUCCGUGUUGAAGAAAAUCGAGGACAGUCUUAUCAAUCGGGAGGAGCUGGUGCGUAAGACGCAACUGUACCGUGGCGGUUAUACGCUGCUCGGGCGGGAGGUUCCAUCGGAGGCAGCGGGUCCAACACAACCCACCGAUCGGGAGGAUGGCCGGGAUGCAGGGGAAGAACAAACACCGUCCUCCGUUUAUGAUGGGGAAAUUUUCGACGAUUCGGACUUUUACCACCAGAUGCUGCGGGAAUUGAUUGAGUACAAAACCAGCACCACGGACAGUCCGCAGGAAAUUGCCAGCAAGCUGGCGGAGCUGCAGAAACUUCGCAACAAGAUGAAGAAAACGGUCGACACGAAAGCGUCCAAGGGUCGGAAAAUACGAUAUGUGGUACACAAAAAGCUGGUUAACUUCAUGGCCCCGGUUCCCGACUACGAAUGGACGGAUGAGGCAAAAGAUGAGCUAUUUGGCUCACUGUUCGGUCAGCGGCCAGUGGCAGAGGAGCGGUAAGGUAAAGGCGUGUUAAGUGUAUAAUUCAAAAAAUGUAAAACCAAUAAACAAAAACUGAACUCAGCGGAAAUUGCUGCUGAAAAGCAGUUAAAAAAAAUGCAGACAA